AGAAAUCAUCAAAAUUCAUAUUAAAAUAUUCUUUAAUAUUCUUUAGUAUACUCUGUAAUUACAUCAAAGAGUUACAUAAAUACCUAUCAAUACUCUAUUUAGAGUUAAAUGUAACCAUGCCAUCUAAAUAUAAUUUGGUUUUGUGUUUUGUAAUAUUUAAUAACUGGCUGUCCGGCAUAGACUGCCGGUGCGGUUACCCAGAGAUGCCAUACAUGUCCAAAAGUAUCGAAAGUAAAGAUUACUUUGAAGAGGGCGAGAAACUGUACGUCAGUUGCAUCGGUGGUGUGGCUGUCGGGCAGACAAUGCGGGAUCACGUCAUUCAGUGCCGGAACAACACGUGGAACACAACAUCCCUGCGCUGCUCAUCCAUACACAACAUCACCGCAAUCGACAUCACACCGGAGGACAACUCAGUCGGCUCUCAGAACCAUAACUUAGCCGAACAGGAGUUCCUAUACCUGACAGACGCUGACCCCUCCACGUGUGUACUCCUCAAAGACAACGAGCGAUGGACUAUCCAUUUGGGGGACAGACGUCUGGUGUCGGACGUGGCUCUGGUCACCACAUUCCUCGACAGUUCACAGCGUAAGACACAGAUUGACAUAUCAAUAACACUGCCGACCGGACAGGUGUGCAAAUUGGAGGAGCGCUCGGAACGGGAGAACUCGGCGAUGGUGUUCAUGGUAUACAAGUGUCCGGACACACCCCAGCCUAUCGAUAGCGUGACCAUCGAUCUGAAGACUACGGCGGUUAACAUAAACGUGUGCGCACUGGAGGUGUUUACCCUGAUUGUAGACGAUUGCGGUAAACCAGAGAUACCCCUCUACUCCUACACCAAUCAAAUGCGAAUACAAAAUGGCACUAAAAUAGCAGAGUAUGUAUGCGCUAAGGGUUACGAAAUGGUGGGCCCGUCACUACGUACGUGCGGACCCGACGGCCUAUGGAAACCCCCUCAACCUCCGAGAUGUGAACCGGAAAUCCGAUGCCUCACCGGACUGGUCGAACGGGUAGAGAAUUUUACGUUCGAGUACAAGGACUUUGACCUCUUCGGGAACGCCCUGCCGGAUGUGUCGACCAUUGUCUACCACUGUCUGAACAGGUCGUUAGUGGCUGUGCCGGCAACUGAGCUAUACUGUCAACCGGACGGCAACUGGUCUCAAGUGGAUUACAUACCCGACUGCCACCCUCGACGUAUGUACGCCGUGUUUGGGCACCAUUUCCUCAACGACAAGCACCUGAUGUACUACGGCGGCGCUGGACUGGUCGUCCUAUUCAUCGGUAGUUUUGUAAUACUGUUUCAAAUGAGACGACUGGCCAAGAAGAUCUCCAGACAGAUGAGGGAGAAGUCGUACUUCGAUCAGGAGAAACAGUUACCACAUUAUAAUAAUGAGACUAAUUAUCAGGAUCUCACCAACCUCUUUGCCCAACACGACGCCACUAUGUCCCAGCCCUCAGGUGCUAUCCCUCAGGUCCAGCAAACCGACCAAAAGUAUUGA